AUGAAUAUAUACGAAAGUGGAAUGGAGCCUGCAGAGGAUGUUGAAAGACAAUGUUGGUCUAAUGCUCCAACAGACAUACUCAGAUUAAUCUCAUCACGUCUUGUUGUUGGAGAAUACGUUGUUUUUCGUGCUGUUUGUAAGAAUUGGCGCUUGUCUCUGCCUGAUCUACAUGAUUAUAGCUAUAGUUCUCCAUUUUCUUGUGUUAAUACACCUUGUUUGAUAACCUUCUAUGAAGAAACUGGUGAAGUUGAAUUCUUUCAUCCACUGUACAAUGCACAAAUAACUCAAAAUUAUAUGGAUAUGCCUGAGUUAAGGGGUUCACGAAUUCGAUGUGCAAUAGAAGAUUGGUUGCUCAUGAGCAAAGGCGACUACGGCAUGUUCUUUUUCAAUCCUUUUACCAAGGUUAUAAUGAAACUACCCGAUUUAUUAGAGGAGUUCGAAAAUUCAUUCCCUUCAUGGACAUUUUCGUGUCCCCCGGACUCAUCAUCAUCGGAUUGUUUUGUGGUUGGUUUUUUCUUUUCUGGUUUUCCUCCAAUGGUAUAUAUGAUCAAAGUUGGAGAGAGUAUAUGGAAGAUUCAUACCUUUUAUCAUGAUGAAUAUGGAAAUAACCAAGAAUUAUUUUUUGUGCCACAUAAUCCAGUAUAUUUCAAAAAUGACAAUAUUGUUUAUACUUUUGGACAUAAAGGGACUUUAGGAAUACUAAAGAUCAACGAAAAUUCAACUGACAAGAGUCCUACUUGGAAAUUUCAUGGGAAGCAAUUGUCACAUCGAAAACAAAAUUCAAUUCGACAGAUUUUCACAGCAGAAGAUAUUGAUAACGGAGGAAUAUUAGUCAUAUUUUUAACUCUUGAAGAAGGGAAAGUAGAUAUUUGGAGGUAUAAGAUGAAUGGAGAGGAAUUAGAGAAAGAAAAAGUAACAACUUUGGAGGAUAAAACAUUAUUUGUGAGCUAUGGAGGAUCGUUCUUGAAACCAAGUGUUGCACGGGGCUUAGCAAAUAAAAUAUAUUUUCCAAUGUUUCAUGACAACAAUAAAGGGGUUUUCUAUUGUUUGGCAACACACAAAUAUUACUCUUUUGAUUAUUCAAGCACCAAUUGUUUCAACUUGGUCCAACCAAUAUCCAGUAUUUGGAUUCAACCCUCAAGUAAAAAUUAUUCUUUUUAA